AUGGUCGUCAGACACCUCAUAGACAAAAAAGGGCCAGCACCUCUCUUCGACUCGGGUGAAAUCUGUCGGGGCUGUAGGGCUUUAAAAUGUGCCAAUCAGUACUCAAAAGAGUUUCUGGAGAAGAACCUCGCUACGGUUAGCAACGCCUGGGAAGGGCUUUCGCUAAAGCUCAUCCCUGCCUCAGAAAUUCCCAGGCGACCACGAGCUAGAAUCUGGUUGCCUAAAAUGGAACUGGACAGUUCGGGAAUUGCCCAGUGUCUCAAGCUACAGAAGCCUGAGAUUUCUAUGGAUGACUGGUCUGUCAUCAAAGUAGAAGAACCUCAGCAGCAUAGCUCCGCCAUAUUACCGCUGAUUAACAACGAGUCACUGGAGGCACUCGGAAAACAGCAGUUCAAACUUCGCUAA